AUCAUUUUUAUUCAAAACCAAAGAAGACUUGUUCUUCUCUCCGCUUUUAUCCUUACAUGUCAUCACGUUUUUGAUAUGUUCUGCUAUUGACUCGAAACACAUCUUUCUAAUAUUAGCUUUUUUGUUUGACUUCAUUUUUUGCAGAACGAUCGAAAAACCUUUUCAUAAAUCCCCCCCAUUCAUUUCUUAGACGAGUUGGCGUUUCAAAUCCCCAAUCUUUAAUCGGAUAUAUAUGUUUGUUUUUGGAACUGAGAAACAAAAAAAAUUAAGACGAUUUCAAUUCUAGAUAAUAAUCUAAACAGCUAAUUAUCAUUUGGCAAAUAGGUAACAAUAAUAUAACUACAUAUGAGAGAGAGAGAGAGCAAGAGAUUCGCUGUGGUUGCUUUAGGCAUGAGAAUUAAGUGAUUUAAGAAAAGAAAAAAAAACCCAAACUCAGUUUUCUUUUUUUCUUUUUAAAAAAAAUUGUGUGCACUUGUUUGUUUGAGAUUAGUUUGGAGUUUGUCCAUAGUUUCUCGGCAACCAACUUCUCCUCUGCCUUAACGUCAUCGAGAAAUGGCGUCGUCUUCUUCUUCCUCCGCCUCCUCCUUUUGCACUCUCUCCUUCCCAUUUCUCCUGUUUUCUUCCUAUUCUUUGUAGCCUAUCGUCCUCCUUCCUUCAUUAUUUUUGUUGUGUCUGCGUCGUUCUACAAUUAAUUAAUGGCCUCUUUGAAGUUGAAGAAAAGGGAUAAUGGCGCUGAACCCGACAAGAAAAAGUUGGUCAUCGCAGGAAUUCGCCACCAGUUACUGCUUCUCCUUCGCCGCCGUCACCGUCUAUUUCCGCUGGUAUCUGCCGUCUCCGGCUGUAUCCUCCUCAUCCUCUUCUCAUUCUCGGCCCUUUCUCCUCCUCCAUUGAUCCAUCACAACAAUCAAGUGGCCGUGGAACCCAAUCCAGAUCCAACCACCACUCCAUUUCGUGAAAAUGGUGGAAGGUCGGAUCGCCAGUUAUGGAGCUCGAGAUUGUCCAACUUCUACUAUGCCUGCAGCAAUGCAACUGACACCUUUCAAGUUACUGAUAAGACAAGGCAAACCAAUCGGUAUUUACUUAUCGCGACAAGCGGAGGUUUAAACCAGCAACGGACAGGGAUCAUAGAUGCUGUAGUUGCCGCAUACAUUCUAAACGCCACUCUUGUGGUCCCUAAACUUGACCAGAAGUCCUACUGGAAGGACACCAGCAACUUUGAGGAUAUAUUUGAUGUUGAUUGGUUCAUUUCACAUCUCUCUAAAGACGUGAAGAUCAUCAAGGAGCUUCCUAAAGAAGAGCAGUCAAGAAUAUCCACCAGCCUACAGUCAAUGCGUGUCCCAAGGAAAUGCACACCUUCUUGCUACUUGCAGCGUGUUUUGCCCAUUCUUAAUAAGAAACAUGUUGUACAACUCUCCAAAUUCGAUUACAGGCUGUCCAACAAUCUUGAUACAGAGCUCCAGAAACUGCGUUGUAGAGUGAACUACCAUGCGGUGAGAUAUACAGAGUCUAUCAACAGGAUGGGCCAAUUGUUGGUUGACCGGAUGAGAAAAAAGGCCAAAUAUUUCGUUGCCCUUCAUCUCAGGUUCGAACCUGAUAUGCUGGCCUUCUCCGGGUGCUAUUACGGCGGUGGUCAAAAAGAGAGACUCGAACUCGGAGCUAUGAGAAGAAGGUGGAAAACGUUACAUGCGGCAAACCCUGAAAAGGUACGGCGGCACGGGAGAUGUCUCCUGACGCCAGAGGAGAUUGGUCUGAUGCUCAGAGGCUUAGGUUUUGGGAAAGAGGUUCACUUGUACGUUGCAUCAGGCGAGGUAUACGGAGGGGAGGUUACAUUGGCACCGUUAAGAGCUCUGUUUCCAAAUCUCCAUACAAAAGAGACACUGACCUCCAAGAAAGAACUGGCUCCGUUUGCAAACUUCUCAUCACGCAUGGCUGCUCUUGACUUCAUUGUCUGUGAUAAGAGCGACGCAUUUGUCACCAACAACAACGGCAACAUGGCUAGAAUCUUAGCUGGGAGAAGGAGAUACUUGGGGCACAAAGUGACCAUCCGUCCAAACGCCAAAAAACUCUACGAGCUCUUCAAAAAUAGACACAACAUGACAUGGGAUGAUUUCUCAUCCAAGGUCCGAAGAUACCAGACGGGUUUCAUGGGGGAACCAGAUGAAAUGAAACCAGGAGAGGGCGAGUUCCAUGAGAACCCAGCCUCCUGCAUUUGUCGAACCUCUGAAGCAAGAGUCGUGAAAAAAAAAGCAAAACAUGUAAAUGAGGAUGACUCAUCGGAGUACUCAGACAUUGGCAAUGUCCCCAUAGCUAGUGGAAGCGAUUUGGAUCACUCACAAGUUGAUGAAGAGAUCUUCUGAGACUAAGCUCAUGUUUUUCUAUGCACGAAUCAGCAUUGUUUGCCAAUAGAUAAAUUCUUCUUUUUAAAAAAAAAAAUGUAAUGUCAUUUUAAGUCGCAAGGUUACAGAUAGAAAGAAUGGUGUACAUAUAUAUAGACCUUUUGUACAUACACAUGCAUAUAUCCCUUUACAUU